UAAGACCCGCUCCGAGCGCGGCCAGACAUACGUAUUACGAAAGCGAUAGACACACGAAGCGAACACACGAUGCUCAAAUCAGCGAUCUGCAUUCUCGCGCUCGUCAGCGCCGCCACCUGCGACGAAGCGAGGCGCCACAGGAUAGAAGACCCCUUCGCGGCCCUCGACAGGCACAUCACUCACACGCUCGCCUACCACUAUCUGUGGCCAUGGGACCAGCUCAUCAAAGCGGCCGCCGCAAUCGACGCCGAAGAACAUCUAGAGGAACCCAAAAUCCUGUCCGAUGACAAGAAAUUCGAAAUUAACAUGAACGUCAAGCGAUUCAAGCCGGACGAACUCCGAGUCAAAGUGAAGAACCGCUACAUCUUAGUUGAGGGACACCAUAAGGAGAACAAUGACAACAGGCAGAAAUUCAUGGCGAAUCACUUCGUGCAGCGAUUUGUGCUCCCACUUGGAAGUAAGCAAGAGGAAGUGACAGCGAUUUUGAAGGAGAACGGUAUCUUAAGUAUCACGGCGCCGAAGCAUGAGUUGCCGCCGCCGCCGCCCGAACGCGAAGUGCCAAUCGAGGUCAGGCUUCCAGAAAAAACAGAAGUUCCAGAGAAAACUGAAAGUCCAGUGAAAACUGAAACUCCAGUGAAAGAGGAAACGACAACAGAAAAGAAGGAGGUUCCACCUGUGGUGACAUCGACGGCGACGCCUUUGGAGCAGUUGGAUUUGGUUGAGGCCACGACACACGUUGGCAAGAUUAGGAAGAAGGAACUGAAGACCACUCCAAAGACGACGAAAGACAACGAAGUGACGAAGGGCGGGGAAGGCAACGGACUGGACUACAUGUUGAUAGAGUCUGAGGAGUGAAUGCCGCGGUUGUGAUAUGGUGUACAAGACUGAGUGAAGCUUUAAGGCGUCGGCGGCCAUGUGAGCGCUGGCGCUAAGCAAUGUGAGAUUUAUUAUUAACAUUAUUUUUGUUUUAGAAAUAAAGAUGUUAUUUAUUGUAAGUCGUA